CCUGUGCAGGAAGUGUGAGCGUUUCCUCUCUCUACUGCGCAUGCUCAGCGUCUGCCCGUCAGCAGGGUGUUGUGCUCAGAGUUCAGUCCCCGACGAGCCUCGUGCAGGACGAUGAGUUCAGCGGGAGGGGGUUCGGCCCUGCGGGUCCACGCCGUCCGGUUCGGCCCGGGUCAAGAGCUGUUGGGAUCUCUGCAGGCGUUCGUGCAGGAGCGGCGACUGCGAGCGCCGUUCGUCCUCACCUGCGUGGGCAGCGUCACCAAGGCGACGCUCCGGCUGGCGAACGCCACGGCGUCCAACACAAAUGAGGUGAUCCAGCUCAGCGGGCGCCACGAGAUCGUGUCCCUGGUCGGCACGCUGAACCCCGAGGCCCACCUCCACGUCUGCCUGUCGGACGCUGAGGGCCGGACGGUCGGCGGCCACGUGCUCGGGGACCUGGAGGUGUUCACCACGGCCGAGGUGGUCGUCGGCGAGGCGGUCGACCUGCGCUUCACCCGGGAGACGGACGAGCGCACGGGUUUCCCCGAGCUCGUGGUCGGGCCGCGCACGCCGACGGACGAACCGGCAUGAUUCCAAUAACUGAACCUGCCUCGUACAAACAAUAAAAAAAAAACAAUAAACCAA